AUGGAGCGACGUCGGGAUGCUCUGAAUACAAAAAUUUGCAUUCAAGAUUUGAUCAAACGGCAAGAUGAAGAGAUUUCAGUGCUGAAGACUGAUUACAAAAGAACCCGCGAAGAGCUUGAAGGAUUAAAAGCUCAACAGGCGUCUGCUUCUGCGCUCAAACAAGAACUGGAGGAUGCUAGAGCGCAGCUAGAAAUCGCCAAUCAGAAAACUACAAAUAACGAGCAACUUGAACAUCAAAUCACCCAUCUGAGAAAUAUCAAUCAACAAUGGGUAGCAGAAGUAGAGAAGUACAAGCAAUGGGCUCAGCAAUGGCAAUCUUUCCAAGUUUCGCAGAUGCCAAAUGGUGGAAUUGAUGCUGGCCUACAACAACUGCAGGCUCAAAUUACCGAAUUGGAACAACAACUCGGUUAUGGAUGGCAAGCUUAUGAGGCGCAAAGUCAACAAAUUCAACAACAAAUUACUUCUACACAAGGCUGGAAACAGAGAACAGAGGAACUGGAACAGGCUUACAACCAAUUACGUGCAGAAAUGGAACAAUUGAAGACUAACUUUGCAAAUGGUCCUCAUAAUCCAGUUGUUAACGGGCACACUACUGAUGCAAAGACUGAAGAUGAACUUCGGCGAAUAAAAGACGAACAAGAGGAUUUACUCGUCCUUUUAGCCGAUCAGCAUAAUAAGCUUUCAUCAUACAGGAAACGCCUGAAAGCGCUGGGACAAGUGGUUUCUGAAGACGAAGACGAAGAA